AUGCUGCCCUCGGUCUUUGAGCAGGUCGACAAACAAGCUAGCGAUCGUCAUCCCAAGUCCGACACAGAGUCGUCAUCGGAAAAAAAGAAGUCCAAGAAGACGAAGGACCAAGACAGCCUCGAAAUGAGGAGUCCAUACAGCACCAACACCGCGCCAAUGAGUUUCAUGGACCUCUCAGAUGUCCCACAACGCCCCGAACCGCCGAACAAGCUCCGCCGCAAGCAAUCAGCAAUGAACACCCCGCGACAGAGCGGAGAAGCUCCUCGCCCAUCAUUAACGCAGCUUCGCUCGCCAACCUUCACCGUACCUAGCGACGACACCGGCCCACCCAAGUCCGAGCCCGACAAGUACCCCGCUUACCCAUCAUCGAGCGGCGUACCCACCUGCCCGUCAUUUUUCAGGAAACGCUUCGACGCGUCGAGCCGGAAUAGACUGUACUUUGGCGUUGUCCCCGACGACGACAAGGAGAAUGACGAGGGGCAGCGCAUGCUGAGGAAGUUGCAGGGCGGGGUGUUUGGCGGGUUGAUACUGCAUAGUUCGCUGAUUGCGAGUGUGCCGGCGCUGAUGACGAAUUCGGUGGAUGUUUAUCCUGUGCAGGAUGAGUAG